AUGCAGGCACCGGAAAUGACUACCCGGGUUGUCUCUUUUUUGCCUGUCCUUUUUACUCUGAUUGUACAUAGUGUCCCGGUUCAGGCCCAGGACAUCCAACGUCGAUCCAAAUCGGCUGCGCCUCCAACAGUGGACAAACCACUGCUAGCAAUUCAAAUUGGAAGCAUUGUGGGCGCCUAUGUUAUCUUUGUCGCUGUCCUCCUAGCCCUACUUAUCUUUGUCGGACGUCGUCUGCGCCGGACAGUUCAGUCGUCCAACUAUACACUGCAUAUGGAAAUUCUGAAGCCUGUUAGACCUCCCGUCAGCAUGGAUCCCAGCCCAGUUUCUCCAAUGUCACACAACCUCCCCAGCCCCAAGUCAGGUGGAUUCAAGUCCUGGGGGUCAUUGAACAGGAGUGCCAGACCCUCCCAGCCAUCCAUGAACGGCAGCAUGGUGACCAUCGACGAGUCCAUUGUCGCGAACGACCGACAACGAGCUCAGAAUGAUAUGGAGAUGCUGUACGCGGCAGUCAUGGAGCAUGACGCUCAAAAGGCUUCCGGAGUCGAUCUGCCCGUUCGUGAACAAGACCUCCAAGCACAAUCACCGGACAGUCAACUCACAAAUCCAUUCACUGACCGUGGCUCCCACGUGUCGGAUAGUUCAUUGGCCCCAUUAGCGCCAUUGAAGUCCCCGACCAAGGGAUUCAACAGUUCCCGCCUAUCUAAGCUCUUCACCACAGGCUCCCGCGCCAAUCCAGACCCAAGCAAAGUGCGCUCGCCACGUCUGGCUAUUGGCAAGAUGUCAAUCUCCUCUCCACUAGCCUCUCCAGCCGUGGUCACGCCUCGAGCCUUUAUACCCGAAGACCCGCCUCUUUCCCCGCGGAUUUACAACCCGGGCCCUCCUCCAAUGGCUCCGGUGCCGCGGCGACAGACGAGCGAGACGCUCUUGCCCCCUCCUGGGCGCGCCCGCCCACCAGCGCCUCUAACCCUCAAUACGCCUUCUCCUUCUUCGUCCGUCCCGUCCAAUUUACCUUUCCGUGAGGCAUACCCGCCGCAAAGUGCCCCGGCUACCAAGACCACUAUCUUGGAACGACCGGUGAAGAACCGGUUGGCGCCUAUGACGGGGAUGGCUACACCGUACAGUCCGUACAUGCCGUUUACUCCUGUGACGCCGUUUACCCCCGGGCGCACAGUGACAAAGCGACAACGGAAGCGAGAGGAACGUGGGAAUGGACUUCAAGUACUGAAUGAAGAUGAUUUAGUCAAGGAUGAUGAUGAUAUCUGGGGAUGA